UAAAAAUAAAUAUGAUCGUGCUUUGAAAGGCCCCUAGCGGCUACCGAGCGUUUCCCAAAUCGGUUAUCCCAUUUCUAGGAUAGGGUUUUUGCUGUAUUGAAGGAGUGAGUCUCGCCGUUGUCGACCAUUGGGCAAUCGGUAAUCCAAUUGAAAAGGCAACGUGCCACGUGCCUGGCCACAUGAAACCCAAAAAUUAGAUGGAACCUAAGCCACCGAUUUUACCCCAUGCUGGAAAAUCCAAAGUCGCAAUUUCCAAACCAGAAGAAUUGCAGAAUCUUUUUGAACCACUAGAACCUAUUAAACAAACUCCAACGUUGAAAACGACAGUUUCUUCUCUAUUCUGAUAAAACUUUAAUUUUGGGUUCCAAACAGAAUCUAAAUGGCCGUUAUUAGGUCAAGCGCAAACAUGAUUCUGAAAGAAAUCCUCCGUCAUUCACCGCUAUCUUCCGUUUCCUUAUCAUCUUCGGCUCGUGCGCUUCUGCCCGGUUCAGGUGGGACAAUCAUCCGGGUGACUCCCAGCCGUGGAAUCAGUUUCAGCCGGAUUCGAUGCGCGGUAUCAGACUCCGCCGCUGAGAGAAAAGUCUCUGCCCGCCUCUCGCAAAUGCAACAGCUCCUGCAAGAAGCGGAAGAGCGAGCCAGCUCCGCCGGGGAUGAGCCCACCCCUCAAAUCACUCUGGAUCAUGUUACUGUGAGUUUCGCAAGAAGUGGUGGCCCUGGAGGUCAAAAUGUAAACAAGGUUAACACCAAAGUGGACAUGCGCUUCAAUGUAAAAAACGCUUAUUGGCUAAGUGACAGGAUCCGAGAAAGGAUUAUGCAACUGGAGAAAAAUCGGAUAAACAAGGAUGGAGAAAUUGUGAUUUCUUCAACGAAGACUAGGACUCAGAAGGGAAACAUUGAUGAUGCUCUGGCAAAACUACAGGCAAUCAUUGAUGCUGCUGCUUAUGUGCCACCACCCCCAUCAGAAGAGCAAAAGAAAAAAAUUGCAAAGAUGGCUGCGAUUGGGGAGCAAAAACGCCUUAAAAGCAAGAAGGCCCUUUCAGACAAGAAAGCGUUUAGAAGAAGUCGGGACAGUUGGGACUAAAUUAUGGUUUCAUAGUUAAUUAGGUUAAUAGUGUCUGAAUAUCACCAAAUCAGUAGGGGAAUAGAGAGGUAGCUGAAGCCUGGAAGGGAGCUUGAAGGACUGUUUUGUCCGUAUUUCUUGUAAGAAUUAUUCAUGGUUGGGCAAAAGAAGUACUCUCUCGAUGUAAAAUAACCAUUGAUCCAUUACAGGCUGCCAAAGCACAUCAUUCUCAUAGAUAUUACACUCCAAAAUUUUGAUUACGUUUUUUUGUUUGUCACAGGCACUCAUAGCUAAUGGUAUUCUGAGAAUUUACUGUUACAGUGUUUUUCUUCGUGUGAAAGUGAAAUUGCAAUUACUUAAAGGUCUAAAUCUGCAUGCUUAUUUAUUCAAAUUCAGUUGGUUCAUGUGGGAAACAAGGUUGAGAUUCUUGAAUUCUCACAAAUGGACGUAAUUUUGACGAGCAUAAACUACCAAUUUACUUGAUUAUCAUAAAGAAAAAAUGGU